AUGUCGGAUCCGCUCCUCGAAAGAAGCCCCGACGGAAUCGCUUACAUCAUUGGUGGCACAUCCAAUCCAGCCACCCUUCUAGAUUUCGACGGAGUUCGAGUACUUGAAGGCGGAACUUUCAGCAAUGAUAUUGAGCGCGUAGCCAACUGCAAUGAGAUUACCGCCAUCAUUCUCUCAGCCCCAACGGUCGAAAGUCUCAGUUCCACUUCAAGAUUGUUCAAACAGGACGAAACAAUCGCUGUUCUAUCUAACACUGGACCACUGAAAGAUGUAGCACAAGGAGGUAGUGGAGAAGUGUUCAAGAUGAUCCAGGAUGUCACCUCAAAGUUUCUGUCGAAGAUGCCAGUUUUCGAUCCUAAGUAUCCAGCUCACAUUAUAUAUCAAUGUGUCAAAAAAGGGACGCUUUCAUUGUACGUUUUGGCUGGAACAAAGCGAGAAGGCGAAGCUAUCGCCAAAGCUUUGUCUUCUGGAAAAGAAGAAGACGUGGAAAGGGUCGCUUCGGAAUGCGGGACAAUUGCUGUGUUAAUGUGGAGACCAGUCUUGGCCGACAAAGCUGUAGUCCGAGUUCUUAUAUCAGGAUCAUGUUCACAUCUUCGCAUUCAAGAAUCUCUCGACAAAGCAGCGAAGUUCCUUCCAUUUCUGAAUGCACCGAUUGUGAAGUCCAUAGAUGUGCUCAAAGAUAUUCUUGCUCCAACAACGGCGCGAAGUUCUAUUCCACCUGUCGGAAAACCUCCUCAUGCAUCGAGGUCCAUUGCACCAGUUCCUGCAGCUCGUCAGAGGAUCAUGACUGCGGCUGCAGUCAGAACGUCUCGUCAAGGAUUUCCAAAGACGACGGUCGCACCAGCUCGAGCGCUGAAAGCUCCAUUGUCAUUCAGAGCUCCAGCUAAAGGACAGAAACCGCCUCUCCCAGGAAAAGCGCCCGUUUCGGCUACAACAAGCUCCAGCUCCACCCAGUCUCGUCCGAAUUCUGCUCAAGGAAAUGUAUCAGCUCCUAAACAGUCCUCGGUAGCGCAUCCGAAAAAGUCUGAACAAGCUAAACCAUGGGCGAUUGUGUCGAAGAAGUCUUCCAAUACAGUGAUUGUUCCGAAAGCUGUGCUGAAAGCUCAAGUUCAAAAAGCUCCGGUUUCGACAGCUCCAGUUUCAGAAACUCCUGUUCAGACAGUGACAGUCCUAGAAAAGGUGAAAACUGAAGUUGAAUCGACUCCUGUAAAGUCACAGCGGGUAACUUCUCUUCAACAAUCUGGAAACAACACAAUAGUGCUCUCUGAUUCACCUGUAAACAACACAAUCGUGAUAGGUGAUUCAGACGACGACACAGUUUGCACACUGCAGCUCGGUGAAAGCACCGCAGAAAUCACCGUGGAUGAUGAUGAUUCUAAAAUCAUUAAAUCGUUUUCGAAAAAUCUCGCUGUUGUGAAUCUGGAUGAUACUGAAGAGGAAUCGGAGACGAUGAAACCUGUCACGAUUGCAAAUGAACCACAACUGGAAAGCUGUCAGACUACGCCUCAUGUUGAAUCAGACAUGACAAAACUGUCUGGAGAAUUGAACAACUUGAACAUCGGAAAUCAAUUGAGCGAGAUGGCUAACGUUUUGAGCCAGGAAGUUAUCAGCGCUGCUUUGCCGAUAGCAAUUCGUCAAAGAAUGAAAGACAGCCUCCAGAAGCUUGAUCUCGAUGAAUCAUCAAUUGAAUACAUCCAGAAACUGAGCAGCGAUUUAGUGGAAGAAGCCAAACAGGCGGCAGUGAAAAUGGUGGAUCUGAAGAAACUUUCCGACGGGCUCCAGACAUUGCAUCUCAGCAACGAUACGAUUGAGAUGAUCAAAGAUCUGGCCAACAUCGCUAUAGAAGAGGCUCUGAAAUCGUUCACUCCAGUUGAACAUCGAGAAGCUGGUCUGAAGUCGAAUACGCUCGGGAUCAUCGACGACAUUGCCACUGAAGCAGUGAACGAUGCAUUGAAGUCGUUCACAAAUACAGCUUGUAGUCCAAAUGCAAUCUCAUCAGAGGAUCAAUCGAAACAAGGAAACGAAAGUCUUCCCGAUGAUUCGAAACUCUCGGGUGAUUGGAGUAUGACUUCAAGUGAUCAGGCAUUUGUUGAGCCUAACAAAACAGUGAAUACACCGCAAAGAAGUGAAGAGCAAAGCCAAGGUUCCACUCCUACUCCAGAUAUUGCGAAAGAAGUUCUCCAUAUGCCACCAGGAAGAGGAAACCCGAUCGGACUCAAGAAUGGAAGAUUCGCUCGUCCCUACUACUUCGAUCUGGUUAAGGUACCACGCGGAGAUAAGACUGUGACAGAUGCGCACCUCCAAGAGUUUAUGUCGAAGGUCCGAUCGAGAAAGAUCAUAUUGCCAGCGGAUAACAUUUCUGAGGCACAGCUUCAAGCGGUCAUCCGUGGGAAGCAGACGUGGUGUGAAGACUGUCAUCCGUGUACAAUCAUCCCAACACAUGGAACAGAGAUAUUGACGGACUUUCUCGAGAAGAACCAAAAGCAGAUUGCUACAAUUCAUCUCACAUUCGAAACUCCUUUGAAGAGAAUCGAAGGCCCCCAAGACCAGAUCAUGAAAAUCUCCUUUGAUAAAAUUCAUUCUAACCUUUCUAGAAUUAUCCUGUAA